UUCAAGCUUUUUCCAAAGCUUCUCAGCGCCCUACACUCACAGGCCUAGUCCAAAUCCAUAUGACGAGUGGAACGUCCCCUCAUUGAUCCACGUCAGCCUUGGCAUUCCAAUCCAGUCUUUGGAGAACCGCCCAGCAUGGUUCGCAGGGUGUUCUUGGAUCACACCAAACUGGGUUGGACCGUGUUGAUGGGAGUGCUCUUAUACGGCGAGAUUCUCGUCUAUUGGCGGGCCUACUCGCUUUGGCCUCGCACAGAAGCCCAUGAGGCCCGGAUUCUGUUGGUGGCCGACCCGCAGAUCCAGGGAUAUCGGGACGAACCCCAGAGCGUGUUGGGCAUGAUCACUCGUUGGGACAGCGAUCGCUAUCUAUCGAAGACCUUUGGCUGGGCCACCUUUGCUUAUGAUAUGCACGCACUUGCAUUUCUGGGCGACCUCAUUGACGAAGGCAGUAUUACCGAUGACGAAACCUACCGAAUUUACGUGGACCGAUUCCACGGCAUUUAUCCCCCGAAUUCCGCCCCGGUCAUGAUUUAUACCAGUGGCGAUAAUGACAUUGGAGGGGAAGGCGGGGAUCCCGUCACAGAUGAGAAAGUGGCCCGGUUUCGCCAGCAUUUCCCCGUUCAACCGUUGCAAAACAUUCCGGGCACCAAUAUCAAUGUGAUAGCGGCCAAUGUACUUAGUCAGAAGGCCUCGGAAUUUGAGGCCUUGCCCCCCAAGAAAGAGGACGAGUUUCGCAUUCUUGUCUCACACUUUUCACUAAUGCCGACUACUUACAGUGAUUUCAGUCGAGCCGUGGUGAAGGCGGCUGAUCCGGAUGUGAUUUUCUCGGCCCAUUUUCAUUACGGCUUGAAAGAAGAAUAUGAACGGAGUUCGGGUAAAUCGGUAUCGAAUGUCACUCGAAGAUUUACCCAAGUUGGUGAUUUACCCAUUCCGUUGAACAUUAACACAGAUAGGAAUGCGAACAUGAUAGAAGAGAUCAUCGUUCCAACUUGCUCCUAUCGCAUGGGUUUCAAAGAAAUGGCCCUGGGUUUGGUCCGGAUUCGACCCAAGACCGGUGAUCUCAUUUACCAUAAUCUAUGGCUUCCCAGCCGAUUUGCCAAUCUUUACCUCUACGCCGUGGCCCUGCCCGUUGUCCUGAUUCUGUUCGUAAUCGGCCAGCGCAAAGCUAAAAAUAAGCCGAGAUCACGGAAAUCCUCAUUUAGUGCAGAUUAUUCCAAGCUGGUGUAAAAAACCAACCUCAUACGUGUACAUUUCGUAGCUGUGAUUCAUUUCUAAUUAAACGCAAUCAUUCAUUACCCCUU